CUUGAAAAAACCGAAGAAACGGCAAACACGGCAGUAAAAUUAACUUCCAAAACCUUGAAUUUCAGUGAAUGGGGAGGUGGAGAGCCGCUUCUCGUCUCCUCAAUCACGUAGCCACCACAGCUUCCAAAUCUUCUGUAGCUGCGAAGCCUCCUUUCCAUCUCUUACGUCCUUCAAGCCCCAUCUUCUGCUUUCACUUCGUCAAUUCAAGACCUUUCUCUGCAAUCCCAUCUCGGGUUUCCAUUGAUACCAAUGAUUAUGACUCUGAGCCUCAUUAUUAUGCCCACAGCCAAGCUCAAGAAGACGAGGAAACCAAAAAAGUUCCUGUUAAAGCCUACUUUCUUUGUACCAGUAUCAAUUUGAAGAGCAUGCAAGCCGAGAAUUUAAGCAAUGUCAUUCCUCCUUCUUCUCGCUCAACAAAUUAUAUUGCCCUCAGAUUUUGCGAUUUCCCUUCACAAAAUGCUGAACUUGGAAUCUGGGGGAAACCGAGCUACUGUCGUUACAUGGUCGUAUUCCAGUAUGGAUCUGCUGUUCUGUUUAAUGUUGAGGACCAUGAAGUUGGAGCUUACCUUGAUAUAGUUAUAAGGCAUGCUUCUGGAUUACUUCCAGAGAUGAGGAAAGACGAUUAUGCCGUAAGAGAGAAGCCAAAGCUGGAGGAGGACAUGCAGGGUGGCCCAGACUACAUAGUUCUUAAAACUUUGGACACUGAUGCUAUUCGCAUUAUUGGAAGUGUGCUUGGCCAAAGCAUUGCUUUAGAUUAUUUCGUAUCACAGGUUGAUGGUAUGGUUGAAGAGUUUGCAGAUAUAAAUCGUGGCAUGGAGAAAACUGGAACUUUCACAAUGCAUAAAAAGAAGCUCCUUCAACUUGUUGGGAAGGCUAACUCAAACCUAGCUGAUGUAAUUCUUAAAGUUGGUCUUUUUGAGAGAUCAGAAAUUGCUUGGAGGGAUGCAAAAUAUGCUAAAAUACAUGAGUACCUUCGGGAAGAGUAUGAGGUUACACAACGCUUUGGAAACUUGGAUUUUAAAUUAAAAUUUGUAGAGCACAACAUUCAUUUCUUGCAAGAAGUCCUUCAAAAUAGAAAAUCGGAUCUUCUGGAAUGGUGCAUCAUCUUCCUAUUGAGUAUAGAGAACAUUAUAUCACUAUACGAGAUUGUUCGUGAUUCAAAUGCAGCAUCUUUGUAAUCUGGGAAGUAGAUGAGAAAAGUUGCAGCAGCCAAAGCCACUAUAGAAAAUUUUGUCGACAAAGAAAAGUGAAUUUUUAUGAAUAUUCUAUCAAACUGUCAAAAAUUCUCUGAUUUACUCCUAAUUGAAUUGCAAGUUUCAAUAUUAAA